AUGAUUGGCAGGUCUAAGUACAAUUCAUUCAGAAGCAUAAAGGAUAGGGUCUGGCAGAGGGUGAACAACUGGAAGCAUAAGUUCUUAUCUCCUGCUGGUAAAGAAGUCCUCCUACAAGCUGUCAUUCAAGCAGUGCCUAAUUACCAUAUGAAUGUUUUUAAGCUUCCGAGGAAACUUUGUAAGGAAAUAGCUGCAAUAAUGGCCAAAUUCUGUGAUGCAAGAGUUAAUAAGUUAAUAGAUGGUAGCAGAGGGGUAUGGAAGGAAGAGCUUGUAAAAAAGGUGCUUACUGAGGAUGAACCUAAGAUAGUAUGUAGCCUACUUAUAAGUAAAUCUGGUUUGCCUGACAAACAGAUUUGGGGCUACUCAAAAGAUGGUUUAUUCAGUGUUAAAAGUGCUUAUCAUCUGGAGAUGUAUAGGAAAAGAAGGGAGAAAGGGGAAAAAUCAGAGGGGAAUUGGCUUGAUUGGAGGAAUUUGUGGAAUCUAAAUGUGCCAGGGGUUGUCAAAGUCUUCCUUUGGAAAGCCUUAAAUGACUGCUUGCCAACCAGAAGCAACUUGAAGAAAAGGAAAGUGUUUGAAGAUGCAUAUUGUCCUAUUUGUGGAACUGAAGAGGAGACGAUUACUCAUGCCUUAUGGAGUUGUAGGGGAUCUAUGGAUGUUUGGGCUGAACAGAAAAGUCCUCUUCAGAAAUGGCCAAGUAAUGAGGUUCAUUUCUAUGAAUUAUGGGAUAGGUUAUUGAGCAUGGUAGCAAAGAUGGCACAAACUAUAAGAAAUGAUGUAAGGGUGAGACCUGAAGGGGGAAGAAAGGGUUGUAGGUGGAAGGUUCCGAUAGGAGAGUUCAUCAAAGUAAACUGGGAUGCUGGUAUGAGUGCUAAAGAUGGGAGAGUGGGAAUUGGGGUUGUGAUCAAGGAUGGAAAGUGA